CACUCAUUGAAAGUGACUCUGAUCACAAAUCUGAUCCAAAGCAACUCCACGGUCACGGAACAUGCCGAGCCCCGUCGUGCACAUCUGCAGCUCUUAAAAAAACGGAGAAGAACGUCGUUUGGUUCCGGUUCUGGAAGAACAAAAAACGCGCAUUUACACUUGCAACUUUUUGGAUCACCAGAUCAGCUUUGAGUGUGAUCCGUCCGGGCGCCGAACUUAACCAAACCCAGCCCUGGAUUCACUACUGCUGAUCAAUGGACAGAACCUCCUCGGCGGCCAACAGCGCUACCAACACGCCGUGAACGCAUCUUUCUCUCUGGCUGGAGCUCCACUGGGGGUCUGGAAGAGGAUGGAGAGAGGAGGGGAGAGUCCCGUCACACAGGACAGUCCCGAGCGCAGAGGUGGCAGCCCGGACCUUGGUAGCCUGCCCCCACCUGGCAAGAAGGGCCGCACUGAACUCAAUGGCAGCCCUACAGGGCCCCGUCUACGGCAAAAUGGGGCGCUCCUAAGACCCCUUGGAGGUCUGAUGAUUCCCGUCUACUGUGUGGUGGAACAGGCGGAUGGAGGGAUCCAGGUGGACGGAUGUGACGGACGGGAGGAACACGCAGAGUUUGUUCUGGUGCGGAAGGACAUUCUCUUUUCCCAGCUGGUGGAGACAGCACUUCUGGCCCUCGGCUACUCGCACAGCUCAGCCGCACAAGCUCAUGGUAUCAUCAAGGUGGGGAGGUGGAACCCUCUGCCCAUCCACUUCCUGACGGACGCUCCGGAGGCGACGGUAGCCGACAUGCUCAUGGAGGUCUACCAUAUGGUCACUCUAAGAAUCCAACUGCAAAGUUUUUCCAAGCUUGAAGACCUCCCCUGUGAACAAUGGAACCACGCGACUGUCCGGAAUGCUCUCAAGGAGCUCCUCAAGGAAAUGAACCAAAGCACUCUAGCUAAAGAGUGUCCUCUGUCACAGAGUAUGAUCUCGUCCAUCGUGAACAGCUCCUACUAUGCCAACGUUUCCACCGCUAAAUGCCAGGAGUUUGGUCGCUGGUACAAGAAGUACAAGAAAAUCAAAGUGGAUUAUUUGGAGAAGAUGUGGUCAGGACGAGAUCCCGCUGACAUCAAAAUUGAACGGGACAACAUGGCUGACUUCUGCAUGCUGGGCCAGAGACCGCCUCCUCACUUGGCUGGCCUGGCGCAGCUCGGUCAUCUUGGCGGCAGCCCCCUUUUGAAAGCGGGAUCUGGAGAAUCGCAGGCACCGUCGCAGCCUCCUCAGCAACCUCCUCACCCACAGCAACAGCCUUCACCCCACGGCCCCCUCCACCACAGCCCCCCUCUCCAUACGGGCCAGGUGCCCGCGCCACCACCACCCCACCCGCCUGGCGCCCUCCAACCCCUGCUGGGCCCAGGUGGGCUGCUCUCACCUCAACUCUCCCCCCAGCUGGUGCGCCAGCAGCUCGCCAUGGCCCACCUUAUCAACCAGCAGAUAGCCGUCAGCCGGUUGCUGGCACAUCAGCACCCGCAAGCCAUCAACCAACAGUUUCUCAACCACCCGCCCAUUCCACGUGGACCCUCCAAAGUCGGCGGCGACCAUCCAGGAAGCAAUCCCUCAGCCUCUGAGGUUUCCUCUGAAAUCUACCAGCAGGUUCGAGAUGAGUUGAAGAGAGCCAGCGUAUCCCAGGCCGUGUUUGCCCGAGUCGCCUUCAAUCGCACUCAAGGACUGCUGUCUGAGAUCCUGAGGAAGGAGGAAGACCCACGUACAGCCUCUCAGUCACUGCUGGUCAACCUGAAGGCCAUGCAGAACUUCCUCAACCUGCCCGAGGGUGAGCGUGACCGCAUCUACCAAGAGGAGAGGGAGCGCACCAUGAACCCUACUGUGGGCCUUCCUCCCUCUAACUCGUCCAAUCCUGGCACACCACGCCUCUCGCAGAAAGUGUGGGAGAGGAGCUUGGAUGAGCAGAUAACACCUGAUACGUGGGCCUCCAUUUGGAAGAACAAGAAUAAGAUAGCCAACUCGCCAAAGCCAACAGGCCCUGUGCCUGACCUACCCAUCAAGUUGGAAUCGCUGGUUAACAUCACAUCAGGGAUCUAUGACGAAAUCCAGCAGGAGAUGAAGCGAGCAAAGGUUUCCCAAGCGCUGUUUGCCAAAGUGGCUGCCAACAAGAGUCAGGGUUGGCUGUGCGAGCUGCUCCGCUGGAAAGAAAACCCCAGCCCGGAGAACCGAACCCUGUGGGAGAACCUGUGCACCAUCCGGCGGUUCCUGGCGCUUCCGCAGACCGACCGGGACCUGGCAUAUGAGGAAGAGUCUCGGCACCAUCACAGCGAGAGGCUACACACUGUCCUUCACCUUCCACAAGACACACAGCUCUUUUGCCUUUCUCGACAGGCACUCCACAGACCACCCCCAACCCAGAUGAAGGAGCACCGUUCAUCACCCAUGCGAGAGGAGCUUUUAUCGGCCCCUGUUAACGAGGAGGGCACGCAGACUGUGGUAACGGCUGCAGGAGGUGCACAGAGCAACACUGGUAGCUCUGGCAACAGCAAGAAGCCCAGAUUGCGCACAAAGAUCUCUCUGGAGGCACUCGGCAUACUGCAAAGCUUCAUCCAGGAUGUUGGCCUGUAUCCAGACCAAGAGGCCAUCCACACCUUGUCGGCACAGCUAGACCUGCCCAAGCACACCAUCAUCAAAUUCUUCCAGAACCAGCGGUAUCACGUCAAGCAUCACGGCCGCCUCAAAGAGCUUAGUGAGGGAGCCACCGCCAGCGGAGGCGUGGAUGUCAGCGAAUAUCGCGAGGAGGAGUUGCUCUCGGGUUCCGAAGAUCCAGAGUCCAGCGAGGAUGGGGCGGAGGAAAUCUACCAGUCUGAAGCGAGUGGUGCUGGGAGCACAGCAGGACUAAGCCAGCCUCAGGCUUCUUCCAACUCUAGCCAGGGGAACUCUGGGAACAACUUGGCCCAGGAGGAGGGCAAGGACAAGGGUCUCUCCCGAACAAGUGGCCCUCUGGCUCCAGGAAGCGCCUCAUCUAGCCCACGAGAGCAGCCUGACUACCAGAGGUAGAGACAAUCAAAACACAACAAAGAAAUAGCGAAAGGAUAAGAGAUUGAAAAGACAAUCAAACUGAUAGUUUAUUGAUAAAUGGAGUACGGUAUAAGUGUACAGCUGAAGUAAAUAAAUGAAACAUAAACCACUGGCCAGAAACAUUUCAUGAUGACAAUCGUGGACUAUUUACUUUGGCCCUGAGACGCCAUUGUAGGGCUCUGUGUAAAUGUGAAACAUCUCAAUAGCGCAACUAAAGCUGCUGAUGUGGUCGACAUACUCAAGAACAACUCGAGUGCUUCUAAAAAUGGGUUGGCAGGGUAGGAUCAGCUCUGGCCAAAGACAGUUGACGUCAUCUCUUUCUUGAGUCUGAGCAGCACAGUGACGGAAGACCCUUGGAGUCGAGGAGAGAUUCUGACAGACUCGGACUUCUUGACACCUCGUAAAACCUCAGGAUGGACGCUUGUGUUGCUAUUGCUUUUCCUUGAUGGGGAAGACCAAACAAACAUCCCACGUACACUUAAGAAUCACUACCAGUUCAAUCUAGCACUUAUGACUAUUUCAUGGAUGUGGUGUACCCGUGCCUAGCCUACCUUACCUAUCCAGCUCCAUUCCCACUUGUUAGUCCCACUAACUGUGAGACCUCAAGAGGACACUGUGGACAGUUUGGCAGGGAGGCCAACUCAAUAAUGAUGUGUGCAAAAGGACAUUCAACUCCAUGCCUCAGACCUUUCCCGGCAACAUCAUCAUGUGUGGCAGGAAGCCCCGCAAAAAAGGAAGUGGGAAUCGUGCAAAGAUUCAGCAGGCAAGCAAUCACUCACUUUACAAGCGGUAGUCUAUCCCUUCCUUCAACACACACCCCCUCCCCACGCCCUUUUUUCCCCUCUCUAAUUGGUGCCCACGGUCUUGUGUCUAACCACACCUCCCCGCACUUAAACCUCACCAACCCUAUUUAUUGCUAUCUUUAUCUAUGAUUAUUAUUAUUGUUAUUAUUGUUGUCAUUAUGGUUCGGAUUGCUAAGUGCUACUUCUAAUUUUUGAUGUCUCUGGCUUUAAACAAGGGCAGUUAUUUUGAUAAGACGAAAAAGAGAGGGAGUACUUUAAAAUGAAGCAGUUACUGAGUGAUAUUCGGGAGGGGAAAAAAUCCCUGAUUAAAAAAAAAAACAAUCCCUGUCAUGCUGUGUUAUUUAGUUGCAGGGAAAACGUCUAGAGGAGAACUUAAAAAAAGGAGAAUUUGUGCUCAACUUUGCUGCAGUUGAUGACAAUCUACUUUUUCGAGCCAUGCAGCAACAUGGCAGUUUUAUUUCUAGUGUGUAAUGUCUGUAAAUACCCAGAAUGGGAGAAAUUGUUAUCAAUGUAUGUUUGUUUUUAAUUUUUCAGAGUGACUUUUAAGUGUUUGAGCCAGUAUAGAGCAGCAGAGGAGCGUUUUCCUCAAUUUUUUUGUGUCAACUCUGUGAAAUCAGUUUGUUGCAUUGUGCCAGCUAAAUCCGAUCUUUUUUUUUUUUUUUUUAAAGAGUAUUUAAGAAGUGAAACGUGUUUAGUGUUUAUCGUCUGGUGCCGUGGUGUACACAUAUGUUCAAAACAUUAUAAGAGAAUGGAUUGUUUUUCUCAUGACCGUACACUCCAACAGACGAUCUGAUCUGCCUUCUAAUUAUCACAUCAACAUGGAUCAGAUAUUGUUCUUUUCUGUAAGACAGGAAUCAGGGUUGAAUACAGUUCCGAUGAAAUUGCUCAUUUCAAAAUGUUCAUUCAGUGUUGAAGUGAAUAAAA